AUGAGCUGGAACCUGAGCGUCAUCUCCCGCCGGUUCUGCACAUCACUGGUAGUUGGCAAGGACGCCAUCAGCCGGCUCUCCUUCAACACCGUGAAGAGGAUGGUGGACGAGAUGGUGGUGUGCCUGGCAAGAUGCCGGCGUCCCAAGCUGGUUGUGCUCUCGGAUCUGAUCCUUCGCCGGCGUGGAGGGAAUCGCAUCCCACCCCUGACGCUGUGCGACAUGGACGAGAUCCCCGAGGAUACCCUGGCCAUUUUGGAGAGGUACUUCCGAACGUCCCUUUCGCAAGGCGGCAGCCAGCCUGAGAUGUACCCUCCCGGGUCGGUCAUGUUCCUGCGCCCCUUCAAGAGAGGGCGCAAGAAGACGCCAGUGCAGUGGGAUGCCGUGUGGAUCAACGCCGCUGACCUGAUUGGGGAGGGGCUGCACAUCUCCCCAGCCAUGAUGGUGCACCACCGCCUGUUCAACCUGACAGAGGCGUUUGACAGCUGUAUGGCCACAGCUGAGGUUACCCUCAAAGAAGAUGCUGCCCGUACUCCUGCCACCAAGCAGAGGAUCAGGAACGUCCUUGGUGCUUACUCCAUCGAAAGCACCGGAAUUCAGUACAACUGCAGUGUUGGCACGGCUGUGAGAGUAGCUGUGUACGGCAUGUUCAUGUCCAUGAUUGUGGCAGCAUGCCUUGAGUUUGCAAUUGUGGCCGUUGGCCUGAAUGGUAACAUCACGUUGCUGGAAGAGCUUGUGGCACAAGACGCCGAUGUUGGUCAGAAAGAGCUGAUAACGAACAUCGACUACAGCGCAACGGGCGGGAGCAGAUCUGCGGUGGCGUUGUACAACGAACAGAUCAGGGACGUGCGAUCGCUCACCCGCGAGUUUGAGAUAGACUUCCUGAAUGCCACCGGGGUGCCUUACGACCCAGCCGCAGCAGGGAUCAGCGCCCCAUGCAUCCUCGUGGUGGUGGCCUUCAAUUCCUUCCCGGACUACACCGAGGUUGACAGCUGGGAGGGCAGCCUGCGACACAUGAGCCGCUUUUGUUGCUGUGGCUCCAUCAUGCAGGAGGCUGUGCUGGACACUUCAGAGCCGGCCUCCCGUGAGAUUGCCAAGAGCCUGAACAUGUUGUUUGGAGGCAUCGACCUCGACCCCACCGACCGGCUCUUUGCAGCCCUCCUUGUGGCGGAGCACCAGAGCGACCAGCGGCAGCGCAAUAUGCGGCACAUGCUGAGCAGAGCCGGGUACGUCACAAACAUGCAAAGGCAGGGCGCCUUCAUCAAGGGGUCUCAGCGUCGAGAUGGCGGGCAGUUGAGCCAGACUCCAGAACCCAGGGCCCACCGGUCUGUGAGCUGGCACCUGCCCCCUUCACCCUUCAGUUCCAGGACAUCUCGUGUCAUGCCCAUGUAUCGGCGCACGAUGAUGAAGCUGGAUGAGGUGGCGCUGGAGGAGGGCGGGCGCUUUGAUGAUGCCAUGUCAGGGACAGACUCCCCUAGCUUGAAGUGGGUGCGGGAGCAGCUGGGGACCAGGAUAACCCUGGCCUACCAGUACGCGCCCAUCAUCACCCCAGUCUGCCUUCCGGCCGUGUACUGCGACCACCUCACGCCACAGGAAGCGGCUGACAUCUACUCGGGGCUCAGGGAGAAUGUUCCUGUGCAGCAGCUGAGGCAGGCCCAGAGUAUGUCCCUGUACGCCAUUGCGGCGUAUGGGCUGCAGAACAUCGCAUGGGGACGGGGAAAGCGUCCACCCACCUGUGCUGCCAACAUAACCCUGUUCCGGAAGUGCAUGAGCAAGGUGUUUCGACUCCAGGACUCGUACAGACAGCGGAACUGCGAAGCCAUCCUGGAAGUCACAGACGCCAACACUUCUGGGGGCGCCCUGCCCUACCUUGUGAUGCGCCACAGGCCCAGCAACUCUUUGGUCAUCUCCAUCAGGGGCACCGGUGAGCUGAGUGGUGGAGGUCAACGGCUGGGCCAGCUACCUGCUUGCUAUGACCGGCAAGACCGCAGCCCCAAAAGAGUAACCGACGCCCUUGCCACCACAGUGAGCAUGGAGGACCUCAUCACGGAUCUGCUGAGUCAGCCCGUGGACGUGUCUGACUGGCUCCCCCCAUGGGUCCAGGAGGUACGACUCACUGGCUUCUGA